AUGAGCUCGAACUUAGUGGCCCGGCAUCUAGCUAUAGGCGUCCCUGUUCCCAUGGCACCACAAAGUCGGCAUGAAAUAACGGCCGGGUGCUGUUAUCCUUGCUUUGAUCUCCACGCUGCUAUUUCUCAGGAGGGGGGAGACCGAUCUGCAAAGGGUCAUGGACUAUUUCUCAGCCUGUUGGUUUGGGCUGGGGCAUAUGGUCAAAGCACCAGAGGUUCGGACUUGUUGGAGAAAUGUCUUCAGGAUCCAGAAUAUGAACAGCUGCUGAAUAUUGCCGUAUGUGGAUUGCCUCCCGUCGCAAAGUCUCCUCGGAAACACAUUGUAAUCGUCGGUGCUGGGAUGUCCGAAUUAUCAGCAGCCAAAACUUUACAGGAUGCCGGUCAUAGAGUGACAGUGCUGGAGGCCAGUAACCGAGUAGGAGGUCGUGUAUUGACCUAUAGAGACCCAGAGGGCUGGUAUGGAGAGCUGGGACCCAUGCGUAUUCCACUAUCUCACAGGAUUUUACGGGAAUACGUGCGUCAGCAUGAGUUGCAGAUAAACCCCUUUAUCAUAUCUGAUGAAGACAACGUAUACUUGUUCAAUAACAUAAGGCAACUACAGAAGGAUGUUAGUAAGGAACCAAACCUGUUUGGGUUUACAUUGAGACCUGAGGAAGAAGGAAAAUCCAUUGAUGACCUAUCUGAAAUCGCAUUUCAGUUCAUAAAAAGAAAUAUUGGAGAAAACUGUGCUGGAAUCUUGGACCAGUUUGACAGAGCUUCUCUGCAGUCCGUCCUGUUUGAUGAAGGACAUUUGAGCGCUGGUGCUAUCAAUAUGCUUGGAUACUUCAUGAAUACUCAUGGUCAGCCCUACGUCUCAUUUGUGGAAGCAAUUCUGGAUACGUAUGUUUUUAGUACCCCAAGGUUGGAUGAGAUCACUGGAGGUUUCGAUCAAUUGCCUUUGGCCGUUGCUAAAGGUUUGGGUAACGUGAUCAGAUUGAAUUCUCCUGUAGUUAAAGUCACAAGGAGUGGAAAAUCGGUGAUUGUCCAGUACCGUAAAGAUAAGUCCACCCCUCCCACCAGCAUAACCGCAGACUAUGUCAUGAUAACGUCCACUACGAAGGCAACCAAACUUAUUAAGUUCAGUCCUCCUCUGAGCAAAGACAAAAAUGUUGCUAUCAGUUAUGUUCACUAUUCAAGUGCAACAAAAAUCUUACUGAGCUGCACUGAGAGAUUCUGGGAGAAGGAUGGUAUAGUCGGUGGGAGAAGUAUUACCGAUCGCCCAUCGCGUUAUGUCUAUUACCCAAGUCACAACUUUACCGGAGGAAGAGGUGUUCUCCUUGCAUCAUACACUUUCGCGGAUGAGUCGGACUUCUUCCUUGCCCUCAGUGAUGAAGAGUGCGCUGAUGUCAUUUUUGAAGACUUGGCUGCCAUCCACAGGAGACCAGAGGAGGAGCUCCGACGCCUCUGCCCUAAUGUCGUGGUAAAGAAGUGGAGUUUGGAUCGAUAUUCUAUGGGAGCAUUCGCUGAUUUCAUCCCGUACCAGUAUACUCACCUGUAUGAGCACCUGUCUCAACCUGAAGGCAGAAUAUAUUUUGCUGGGGAACACACGUCAGCUCCUCAUGAUUGGAUAGACACAGCUAUCAAAAGUGGCCUGAAGGCUGCAAGAGCUGUUCACGAAGACGCCAACACGUUUCUCCACAGAUAAUUUAAUUG